GUUUAUUAAAUCUUUGGUAUAUUGAUAGGUGCUAAGUGCUAAUGAAUUGAAAUCAGCCCAGGAGUCAGUGGCUUAUGGAUGCAUCAAAUAUGCUGAUCUGUGUCAUACACGAACAAAUGAUUACAUAUUUUCAUUUGACAAGAUGUUAGAGGAUCGUGGAAACACUGCUGUUUAUCUUCUUUAUGCUUAUACACGUAUUAAAUCCAUUCUUCGAGUUGCUAAUGUGACUCAGGAACAGCUACAAGAAGCAGCCAGAAAUAUUGUUCUUAGUCUGGAUCAUGAAAAGGAAUUUAAACUGGCUAAAUGUAUCACUAGAUUUUCAGAGGUUCUAGAUGAUGUUGCUUCUGAUCUCUUUCCUCACACGCUUUGUGACUAUAUCUAUGAAUUAUGUACCACAAUGACUGAGUUUUAUGAUGCUUGUUACUGUGUAGAGAAAGACAAAGAAACUGGAGAAGUUCUUUCUGUCAAUAUGAGUCGCAUUCUAUUAAUCGAGGCUACAAGAAUGGUACUUCAAAAGUCUUUCCAUAUUCUAGGAUUGGAUCCUGUGGAGAAAAUGUAACAAUAAUUAUUUGACAUGGCUAUGGUAAAUUAUUUUAUAGUCCUUGAUUGUAAUAGAAGUGCUACAAUAAAAUCAUUUUAGUAUAAUAGUCAUUAUAAUUAUGCUGAAAUAUAACACAUCCUUAUUGUGCAUGCCAAAUUUUCUUCAUUGAAUGUUA